CACACCGUGUUGUAAAUAAUGCAUUAAGCAGUAAAUUGUACGAAAGUUGUUCUAUUGAAUGAUACAAACAACAGAUUGUGCUAUGUGUCCCCAAGUUAGUUACAAGAUGUUUAACUGGGAAAAUGCAGCAGUUCCUCUUUCAUUCUUAUAAUAUGUCAAACACUUCACACACACACACAGAAGCAGCUCAAAAGGGGAAGAAAAAAGAAAGACAGAGAGAGACUCAACAGAGAUCACUGUGGAGAGAAGAGAGGAAGAAAGCGUGUUUGCGCUUCUGAGUUUGUCCUUUGGAGGGAGACACCGACUCACCGGUCUCAAUCGUCAGAUCAGGAUGCUUGUUCUCAUCUGGGCAAGCCUGCUUUUCUCUGUGAGAGGCAGCAAUGCUGACACAAAUGCAUCAGUGGGAGAAAGAAAAGAACACUGUCAAAAUGGCUUCUGUAUCACUCUUAAUGAAGGAGAAAUAACAGCAGAGGCUGGACUCUGUGUUGUGAUACCGUGUUCCUUCACCACAGGUUCUGACUUCAUACCAAAAUAUAUAGUUUGGUCCAAAUGUGAUGCAGAGAAACCAAGAUGUAGUGAUUCAGACAGGAUAUUCCACACUAACAGGAACAAUUCAAAAAUUCAGCCUGGGUUUAGAGGACGAGUGUCACUGCUGGAACCUGACGUGAAUCAGAGGAACUGCAGCAUCAUCAUCAAUGACCUCACUGAGUCAGACUCUGGAUCGUAUCAGCUCAGAGUUAAUGGUUUAAAGUAUACAUAUACGUAUACGUAUACGUAUAAGUCAGAUGGAUUUACAUUCACUCCAAGAGCAACUAUCUCUGUUAAAGAUCUGAUGCAGAAGCCCACACUGAUGAUUCCUCCUCUGAUGGAGGGAAAACAGACCACACUGACCUGCACUGCUCCUGGUCUCUGCUCUGGAUCUGUUCCUCAAAUCACCUGGACAUGGAGAGGAGAAGGAGAGAAUGACUCUCACAUCACAGGAAAUGUCACUGCUGUCAAAAAUGAGUCUGUAACGUCUGUAGCACAGAGAUACAGCUCGACUUUGACCUUUGACCCCUCAGCUGAGCACCACGGCACCAGUGUCACCUGCAAGGUCGGCUUCAGAAACAACAUCACUGCAGAGGAGACAGUGACUCUGAAUGUGACCUAUACAAAGAAACCUGUAAUCACUGGGAGGAGAUCUCUCGAGGAGGGAGAUGCUCUGAAUCUUACCUGCAGUUUUGAAAGUUUUCCUCCAUCUCGUAUCACAUGGACUAUACUUGGUUCCAACAAAAAGCUGCACAAUGAAUCUCGUAGUUACCUGCAGAGCAGCCCUGGAUCAGCCACACUGGUCAUCCAUAAUAUGGCCGUAGAACAUUCUGGAAAGUACAUCUGUACAGCACAACACUUGAACACAACGGUGGCUGUAUAUGCUGAUGUAACUGUGACUUUGUUUCCAAAGAUCCUAAAAGACUCUGGGUGUAAGGUUCAGUCGGGGGUCCUGACUUGUGUGUGCAUCAGUCAGGGGUUUCCGUUACCAACCAUCAAAUGGCCUCUGUUGGAGAAACUUGCUAAGUACUCCGUCUUUACCACUGUGUCCAACCACACAAUCAACAGCACCAUCACCCUAACUGUCAAGGACCACAGCAACGCUACUGUUCAGUGUGUCAGCAGAAAUGAAAAAGGGGAAGUGCAACAGAACAUCAACAUCAUGGUAACUUCAGAGGGGCAAGAAGGUAAACGCACACACAACAAACAGCACCAAAAACCCAAAAGUCUCAGGAUAGGAGAAAUGUUGCUAAGCAGUAUCUGGGGAAACUUCCUCAAAAUAUUGUACCGGGAGGGAAGAAAUAGAGAAGUGAAGAGAGGAAGGGUCAGUUCAGAGCAGAAACACUGGGGAGAAGAGAUGAUAACGAUACGAGUGGGGAAGACUGAUUGUUUCAAGCAUCAAAUCAAGAUGUUUCUUCUCAUUUGGGUGACUCUGCUUUUCUCUGUGAGGGACAGCAAUGCAGAUGCAUCAUUGGGAGAAAGAAAAGAACACUGUCAAAAUGGCUUCUGUAUCACUCUUAAUGAAGGAGAAAUAACAGCAGAGGCUGGACUCUGUGUUGUGAUUCCGUGUUCCUUCACCCCAGGGUCUGACUUCACACCAAAAUAUAUAGUUUGGUCUAAAUGUGACGCACAGAAAUCAAGAUGUAGUGAUUCAGAGAGGAUAUUCCACAGUUACAAGUACAAUUCAAAAAUUCAGUCUGGGUUUAGAGGACGAGUGUCACUGCUGGAACCUGAUGUGAAUCAGAGGAACUGCAGCAUCAUCAUCAAUGACCUCACUGAGUCAGACUCUGGAUCGUAUCAGCUCAGAGUUAAUGGUUUAAAGUAUAUGUAUCUGCAAGAUGGAUUUACAUUCACUCCAAGAGCAACUAUCUCUGUUAAAGAUCUGAUGCAGAAGCCCACACUGAUGAUUCCUCCUCUGACGGAGGGAAAACAGGCCACACUGACCUGCACUGCUCCUGGUCUCUGCUCUGGAUCUGUUCCUCAAAUCACCUGGACAUGGAGAGGAAAAGGAGAGAAUGACUCUCACAUCACAGGAAACGUCACUGCUGUCAAAAAUGAGUCUGUAACGUCUGUAGCACAGAGAUACAGCUCGACUUUGACCUUUGACCCCUCAGCUGAGCACCACGGCACCAGUGUCACCUGCAAGGUCGGCUUCAGAAACAACAUCACUGCAGAGGAGACAGUGACUCUGAAUGUGACCUAUGUGAAGGAAGUGAAAAUCACUGGGAAUACAAGUGUGAAGGAGGGCGAGACUCUGAAUCUGAACUGCAGUGUUGAAAGUUUCCCUCCAUCUCUUGUCACAUGGACUAAAUUCUCUGACAAAAACAUGCAAAAUGGAACAAAAAACAACCUUCAGAACGACACAUUCACUGAUCUGCAGAACGACACCAAAACCUACCCGCAGGAAGAAAAAACUGGAGUGGUCACUUAUUCCGUCUCUAAUGUGACAGCUGAAGACUCUGGACGGUACAUCUGCACAGCAAAAUAUCUGAACAACACCCUGAUGGAAAAAGUUGAUGUAAGAGUGAUAUAUACAAAGGAACCUGUAAUCACUGGGAGGAGAUCUCUCGAGGAGGGAGAUGCUCUGAAUCUUACCUGCAGUGUUGAAAGUUUUCCUCCAUCUCGUAUCACAUGGACUAUACUUGGUUCCAACAAAAAGCUGCACAAUGAAUCUCGUAGUUACCUGCAGAGCAGCCCUGGAUCAGCCACACUGGUCAUCCAUAAUAUGGCGGUAGAACAUUCUGGAAAGUACAUCUGUACAGCACAACACUUGAACACAACGGUGGCUGUAUAUGCUAAUGUAACUGUGACUUUGUUUCCAAAGAUCCUAAAAGACUCUGGGUGUAAGGUUCAGUCAGAGGUCAGGACCUGUGUGUGUAUGAGUCGUGGGUUUCCUUUACCCACCAUCAAAUGGCCGCUGUUGAAGAAGCACACUGAGUACUUAAUAACUACCUCCGUGUCAAAUCGCGCAGUCAACAGCAGCAUCACCCUCUCUGUGAAAGACGGCAGCAACGCUACUGUGGAGUGUGUCAGCAGCAAUGAAAAUGGGGAAGCAAAAAAAAACCUCACAACUCGAACAGACACACCAGAAGAAAAGGAACAGUCCAAAGAAAUAUUAAAAAUUGUUUCGCGGCUUGAAGUCAUCGUUGCAUUUUUUAGUGGGAUCCUUCUUUCAGCAUUCAUUUGCUGUUUGGUAACAAAAUGCCACAGAAAAAAACAGAAGAGCUCCGGAAAUCUGGAUAAAACUCUGGAGAUGGUGACCACUCAAGAGGACCCAUUGAUCGACGACGAUGAAGCAGUGGAAGAUGAUCAGACCUACUAUCAAGAGGCAGCUGAAGAAGAGGAAGUAGGAGGAGGAGGAGGAGGAGCUGUGGCGACAGAGAAAGCGGCCCUUAAUCUGGAUGAUGGACCAAAAGAUGUGGAGUAUGCCAGCAUUGAUUUCUCCAUGCUGAAAAGAAAGAGUAAAAGGGAGGCAGCAAAGACGCAAGAGACCACCGAGACAGAGUACGCUGAAAUCAAGAAAGUAAAAGAGGAGAGAGAAGACAAUGACAGAGAGGAAGGUGAAGUGGAGGAGGAGGCGAUGAUGGUGGAGGAGGCGGAGGAAGAGGAGGAGAUAAAACAUGAUGUUCCAGAAGAGGAGGAAAGGGAGGACAUGGAAGUUUACUCCAACGUGAAGGAUAUAAUGAGUGAGAUAUGAGGACUAUGUUGGAUUGAGUAACUCCUUGAGGAAGUUUCUUUGGUCUCAAAUGUUGUUAGUCUUGAUGAACUGAAAAAGCGUCUGAGGGGCAGCCGCCUUUGUCCUUUUUGCUCUGAGAGCAGUGUUCUUUUGUUUGAUACCUUUUUAUUUAACUCGAAGCUCGAAGCUCUUCUACUUUUGCUGUUGAUCCACCAAGAGUUUGGUACAUGUCUUUGUCUAAACAACUAUUGUAUGGAUUACCGUGAAACCUGGUACAGACAUUUGUGUUCAAAUUGUUAGAACUUAAAUGCAUGUUUUAUCUCGUACUAUCAUUAAAUCAAAAUGUCACCUUGUCCGAUA